AUGAGUCGUAAGAAAGAAGGAGACCGCAAGGAGCAGCUGUGGAUGGAACUGAAAGCGGGUGCAGAGUCUGGUUGGGACUUCACAUCCCGCUGGAUACUGGGUUAUGGUGACUCAGCCGCACAGUAUGACCAGGCAGCCGCCCGCAGACUGGAGGCCAUAGAGUCUUUGCUUUGGGAUGCUGAGAGAGGAGCCUGGUUUGACUUCAACCUGGUGACACACUCCAAACACUUUGAGUUUUACCCAUCCAACCUGGCACCUGUUUGGGCCCAAUGCUAUUCUGGGCCUGAGAUGGGAGAGAAGGCAGUACAGUAUCUAAAGAGCAGCGGUGCUCUCCAGUUCCCCAAUGGAGUUCCGACGUCCCUGAGAGAGUCUGGGCAGCAGUGGGACUAUCCCAACGCAUGGCCUCCUUUGCAACACAUGCUCAUUGAGGGUUUAUCCAAACUGCCUUCAGAGGAUGCUAAACAGCUAGCAUUUGAUUUAGCCCAGCGUUGGAUCAAGACAAACUGGCUUGCAUACAUGAAGUAUGAAGCCAUGUUUGAAAAGUAUGAUGUGAAUGGCGACGGCAAACCUGGUGGUGGAGGCGAAUAUGAAGUUCAGCUUGGUUUCGGUUGGACCAAUGGCGUGGCCCUGCAGCUCCUGGACCAGUACGGAGCCACUCUCACCUCAGGAGGCAGCCGAGUGUUGUCUGGCCUCCUGCUGCUGCUGGUCACCUCAGCCACUGUCAUGCUCCAGUGAAUCAGAGGUGACAAAAAAAAAAACCUGACUGGAGGUUGGAUUUUAUUACCCUCGACAAGGAGGUUAUGUUUUCCGUUUCGCUUUGCUUGUCAGCAGGAUUACAGAAAAUCUACCGGCCCUGAAUUCUAUAAAACCCAGUGUAAUGGUUUGGCAUGAUCAACCAAAGAUCAACCAUUACAAUUUGGAGCAGGUUGGCCGUUGCAAAGCUCUUUGCUCUCUGAAUACUCUUUGAAUUAUUUCUGAUUUCACUGCACUACAUCACUCCUGUGUACUGACAACUUCAAACACACGCAUAAAAAA